AGGAGGAGGAGGCGCUCGUGCCGCUCUUGUCGCCCGGCCCCUUGUCCUUGCCUGGCGUCGCCGCCGCCGCCGACCUCUUCCCUUCUAUCUCCGCACAGAGCAGAGAACCUGCCUGGGAAAGCCACAGGCUUUUCGGCUUGCAGCUGCCUGGAAAUGGCGGCGGGGACGACCUGAAGGGGGACCCAAAACGAGAGCGGAGGAGCGCGCCGCGCCGCAGCUUCCCGUGCGCCCUGGUGCGCGUUGCGCGCCGGCUGCCGCCUCGCUCACUCUCACGCGCAAAGGGGUCGCCAUGAGGCUCCUCCGGGCGCUGCUGAGGAGCGUCUCCCCGGCCACUAUCCCUCAGCAGGUGGACUUCUACUGCCGCUUCUCCCCGUCUCCCCUCUCCAUGAAGCAGUUCCUCGACUUCGGAUCUGACAAUGCGUGUGAGAAAACUUCAUUUAUGUUUCUGCGACAGGAGUUGCCAGUAAGAUUGGCAAACAUAAUGAAAGAAAUAAGCCUGCUUCCAGACAACCUUCUCAAAACACCUUCCGUUCAGCUUGUCCAGAGUUGGUACGUCCAGAGCCUUCAGGAGAUCCUUGAUUUUAAAGACAAAAGUGCUGAAGAUGCAGAAGCUAUUUCUUGUUUUACAGAUACUGUGAUAACAAUCCGGAAUCGUCACAACGAUGUCAUUCCUACCAUGGCUCAGGGCAUCAUAGAGUAUAAGGACAACUAUGGUGUUGAUCCAGUGACCAGUCAGAAUGUGCAGUAUUUUUUAGACCGUUUCUUCAUGAGCCGGAUUUCAAUCAGAAUGCUUCUUAAUCAGCACACUAUGUUGUUCGGGGGGAAAGUGAAGGUCAACCCGGCUCAUCCCAAACACAUUGGAAGCAUUGAUCCUAAGUGCAGUGUGGUUGAAGUCGUAAAAGACGGCUAUGAAAAUGCAAAGACACUUUGUGACCUGUAUUACAUGAAUUCUCCAGAACUUGUACUCGAGGAGAGAAAUGUAAAAUCACCAGGGCAGCCCAUGCAGGUGGUGUAUGUGCCGUCGCAUCUCUACUACAUGGUUUUUGAACUUUUCAAGAAUGCAAUGAGAGCUACAAUGGAACAUCAUGCGGAUCGAGACAUUUACCCUCCAAUUCAUGUCCACGUCACAUUAGGCAAUGAGGAUUUAACUGUGAAGAUGUGUGAUCGUGGCGGUGGUGUUCCUUUGAGGAAAAUAGAUCGGCUGUUUAACUACAUGUAUUCAACUGCACCCCGUCCCCGUGUUGAGACAUCGCGAGCAACACCUCUGGCUGGAUUUGGUUACGGCUUGCCUAUAUCCCGUCUCUAUGCUCAGUACUUCCAAGGAGAUCUGAAGCUCUAUUCGCUAGAGGGUUAUGGUACAGAUGCUGUUAUCUUCAUAAAGGCUUUAUCAACAGAAUCUGUUGAAAGACUGCCGGUAUAUAACAAAUCAGCGUGGAGACAUUACACAGCGAACCAUGAAGCAGAUGACUGGUGUGUCCCAAGUAGUGAGCCAAAAGACAUGACUACAUUCCGCAGUGUAUAGCAGAAUGGGACAAUAAGUGGUGUGCAGAAGAUAGCCUUAGUACACAGUUCUAAGGACUGGUUUACUACAGUACAGCUCUAAUAAUUUUGUAUGGGGGAGCACGCAUUUUCACUAAACAGGAGUCAGAAAACCAUGUCUUUUCUAGAGCAGCGUUCGUUUAAAAAAGUGAGUAUGCUAAAUUCAUUUCAAUCAUUCCAUCUUAAAUUGCUUCAGCAGGUAGAUCUGGUGUUAUCAGAUUCUAGAUUUUAUAUAAAAAGGUCAGUGCACAGCUUGUUCAAAUAUUGUACAAUUUCACUUGCCAAGCAUUCUAAUGAGACUUCCAUGGAAAACUUAGUUGAAUGAAAGAACUGCAAUGUUAUAAACCUUAUCUGGGAAUCAGUUGCACUAGCACAGCAUUACAAUGUGAGAAAUAACUACUGUAGAUAAAAGAUGAUCAUGCUUUUCUUUCUUGGAAUCAAACAGUUCGAACCUUCUAAUGUUAGACACCAUAGUUCUUCUAACAAACCACAUGCAUUGAAUUUCAUAUAUGAUCCAGCUUGAGUUUCAUUAAUAUUAUGUAAUUGGGAAGUUUAGCACAUAAAUAUAUCCCACUAAAAUCAGUGGCACUUGAUAACAUUUACAUUUGGCUAGCUUGUGCCUUGUGUUUUUACCCUCUGUAGGAAUUCUGAAUAAAAAUCUCAAAUCUGGUAGGGCAUAAAUAUGUUAUUCAUUAGGUGGAUUUCCAAGAAUGAAUAUUUGCCUCUCUUCAGAAUAUUCAGGCAUAAUUAAUUAAUCCCAAAAAUGAUGAGUUGAACUUCACUCAUGUAGUGAGAUUUUCCUGCCACCCCCCCACCCGAGUUGGUUCUGAGGGUUGAAGGACUGUGGAAUGGCAUGUAAUGGGGUACAGGGAUUGUAGUGGGAUAGGAAAUUACGGAGAAUUCAGUGGGGCUGACUUGUGGGAGUGCCUUGCCACAUGCACAAGACAUCUCUGGAUCCAGCCCUUUUAUAUCAGCAGUUGCAAUUAAUGCAAAAACGCUGAACAUGAUCUGGACAAAAUGGAAUUGCUGGAGAGGCUUAAGCAAGUCCUCAAUUCUCCUGUUGAAAUCAGUGGUAUUUGAAAGUGCUUCAACUGUUGAUUAAUUUUGCUUUUCAGUAAAUGAAAGUUGUUAAUAAAGCACAGCCUGCCUCCUAAUUUAAUGCCACUGAUACUUGCACCGAUUUUUGCAAAAAUGAAACAGGCCUCAGGUUGUUAAGAAAGUUUGGACAUAAUGCACAUAGUACUUUUGACAUCUAAUUGCUAUGGGUAUGUUUCUUUGCACUUUUAUAGUAUUUCUCUUAAAAUAUUUGGAUAUGUUCAGCUUCUUAAGAAUGAAAAGAAACUGUAGCAAUAACAAUAUAUUAGUUCUUUUUUAAAAUGUGGUAUACUUUCUGUUCUGAGCUGAUGUUUCUUGCUGCUCUAGCCUAUUAAAUAAUUCUAUACAUAUUUAACUUCCUGUUUAUGCUCUAUCUUCUAUAAACAUCUGGCCAGCUGCCAAGUAGUAGAAUGAAAGCAGUUUUUCACUGAAUUCAGCUGAAUUCUGGAGUAUUUGGUAGUCUCUAAUGCUGUCAUGGUAACUUGCAAACUCAACAAGAAGCGGAUGAACGAUUGCAGCCAUCGUGAACAUAAUGCCAGUAUUGCAAGGAAUAAUCAAGACAGGAGAUAUCUAGUAAGUUGUGCACACGUUAUAGAAAGCACAAUUGGUAUCUAUCUGAAGGGUAGUUUCCCGUUGGUUAAAGCAAGGCCUAUUGAGUUGGGUUAUAGUUCCAACUGGUGGUUGAAGGUAGAACAAACAUUUUGGGAAGUAAAGAGCUCCCACAAUCUAGUUUGCAGACUUGCUAAGCCUGAAGUUGGCCACAGGAGCGAACCUAAAAUGUAAGUAAAGAACAAGAAACUGAAGAACAAGGAUCAGCUAGGCAUAACUCCCACAUGUGUGUCUGUCUCUCUAUAAAGUUCAGAUUACUGCAUGGGAAUGAGUGAAUAUUAAAGUUGCAGUCAUUAAAAGUAGGGUGCAGUCCCAAUAGCCUUGUGGUGUUAAUGAAAGCUACCCUUCAUACCAAUUGGUACUUUUCCCCCAACUGACAGCCCAAGGCUAUAUAGUUGGGAUGUACCAAAAGUUACCCCCAACUAGGCUGGGACCCCCCACUCCAGCAAAAAAGGGACCUGCAGAGAGACUUUCCUACCAAACGCUGCACAGGAACCAAUUUUACAGUAUCUCAUGAGGGUACUGGGAGAAAGAUCACAGAGAGAAAGAAAGGGGAAAGGCUAAGGAGCUACCAGAGGCUGCAGAAGGACCGCUUUUAGAAGCCAUAAGCAGCUCUGCUGUCUGGCUGUAAUCAGGUUGUGGUCAACAUGUGUGCCUGAGAUAACAGCCCUGAUGGUGCUAAUAAAAGCACGUUCAACAGUUCCACUUCACACACAGCUCCCUUUCUCAACAGUCAGCACGCAAGGGAAUGGUGGAGGGACGAGAAAGAUAGAGACAGAAGUAUUUUUUAAAAAAUUAAGCAGAGAAGGGAAUGGGGCAUAAAAAAUAAGUGAGUCGUGACAAUAAGGUGGAAGCAGAGAAAGUGAUGAGUUGAGGACUGAAAAACUAAAGUCCAAUAGAGAGCAGGACUGAGAAAAAACAGUAACAUUGACCUGAGGACAAAAGCCAGUGGAAGUUUAAAGUGACAUUGCUGCUUUUGCCAACAGCAGGAGUGAACUGGAUUAUGGGAAUUGCCUACUUCUCAAAAUGUUGAUCCUGCCUUUGACCACCUGGUGGAGCCAUAAACCAACCAGAUAGUCUUGCAUUGCCAGUUGCUCACACACCCAGACAUCUAAAGCAGCUAUGGUACAUUUUUACUCAACAGGCACAAACUCUUAUUUGCUGCAUGUACACACAACCUCAGGUCCUAACUUGGUGUUGCAUUUAAAUUCCUUUACAUCCAGCAAAUGUGGCAUAAAAUAGAUAAUGCUCUCUUCACCUUCCCUUUGGUUCCUAAGCUCUUCCUUGAUAAUUUUUGCUGCUAACAUUUAAUUCACCUCCACAAUUGCAAUGUUCAUGCAAUGCCUCCCAGGCAUGAUCCUCCAUUAAGAUGCACACACAGAAAUCAAAGAAUGCAGUUUAGCCACUUUGCAGUAACUGAGAUGCCGGAUUAAGAGUACAGUGCGAUGAUUGUAAACAUAUUUACUCAGGAAUGAAACCCUUUUCAGAGUAAUGGCAGUGCCAAAUGAUGUGUUAAGAUUUUUGGUGAUAGUGGGGAAACAGCAAAAUAGACCCAUCUGCACUUUGGGGCAUCUUAUUAGGAAAUUCAUUAUGUGAAUUGGAUGAUAGAAUGUACUGUGCAGGAUGAAACUGCCCUUGGCUAUAACCAAUAGCAGCUUAGUAGGGAAGUUUUCAAAUUAAGACACACAUCAUGCUACUGCUUUAAGGUAUCAGAGUCUUUGGAAGUAAAACAUUUCUGCUCUGUGAGCUAGUAAAGAGUACAGUAGGUCUGGCAAUAUCAAAAACCAACACUCACGUUUGCACCUGCCUGCCACUUAUGAAGGUUUGAUCAUCUGGCAGUGGAGGGGCUGAAUGAGAUACUGGAAUUAGUAUCCUCUAUUCAUGUAAAAUAUGAAUUGUAAUCAGGGCUACAGUCCUGAUCCAGUAGUCAGAGGAACUGCAUGUGCAUUGCUGUACUAUGGAUGCUUGUUGAGCCUGCUUCCAUGUGUGCCUUCCAGACUGCCAGGGGAUUUGCAUGUACACAUCUGGAUACGCAUGCUCAUUGUCCCAGCUGGAUCAGGAUUAUUUUAGUAUGUUCAACAAUCAAAGUCUACUGAAGGUUUACCACUAACCAAAACAACUGUUUGUGGUAGCAAACUCACUGUUCAGUCAUAGGCACAAUGAGUUCAUUUGCUAUUUUAAGGUUUGAUUCAUAUGAAUAAAGCAUUUCAGAAAAAAAUAAUUUAUAAUGCUACUUUAUAUUCCAGGCAACUCCCUGUUUGCACAGGGGUUGCGUGCUGGGUCAUCUCGCGUCUCAGUGGAGUGUGCAUAAGCUCGCCCCAUUCCGCUCCCCCUUCUGGGGCUGAAAACUGUGCUCGCGUCAGCAGUCGCAUGCCAAUAAAACUCACACAAAAUUGUUGCCGUGUGUAUUCUGUUGCUAGAGCUAGAUUUGGAAAUAAUUUUGCUUGCAGGUGGAAGAAUAACAUUGCAACAGCCAGGCAUUUUGUAUUCAGAAUUUUAACAUUGUACUGUGAAAAUUUUGGCUUGCAAGAAAGAGGCUUGCUGUGAUUUUUAUAAUAAUAAAUCCUAAGCAUUUUUAAAAA